AUGGGGCUGGCAUCAGGAGUGGUAUUUCAGCUUUUAUAUGGUGCUCUUGGAUGUUGGAGCUGCUAUAUGACUACAUCCCUGUAUGCUGAUUAUAUUUGGAUAUUAGACUCGCAAAAAUUGCGAAAAGAAAAUCAUAUUAUUCAGUGGUAUGAAGUUUUGGAAGCCCUUUUGGGUCGAUGGUGGAAAGCACUUGGUUUGCUAUUCAACUGCAUGCUGAUGUUGAGUGCUGCAACAAUUCAGUUGGUAGCUUGUGGGAACACUGUAUGGUACAUAAAUGACAACCUUGAUAAAAGGACUUGGACAUAUAUUUUUGGAGCUAUAUGUUUCUCUACAUUAUUCAUUCGAAUGGCUCGCAAUUAUCACCUUUGGAUGUUCUUAGGUGUUUUUAUGACAAGUUACACUGCUUGGUACAUGACAAUUGCUGCACUAUUUUUUGAGAAGCAUCAGAAUGCUGUACAUACAGGCCCAACAAGCUCAGUUGAGUACUUCACAGGAACUACAAAUAUUAUAUACACAUUUGGCAGUCAUGCUCUAACCCUGGAGAUAAUAGAAGCUAUGGAUCAGCCAAGAAAAUUCAAGUUUGUUUAUGUUUAUGCCAUUCUCUAUAUUCUCACACUUACAUUACCAUCAGCAAUAAGUGUAUAUUGGAGGUUUGGAGAUAAAAUGCUUGAACAUCCAAAUGCUCUUGCCGUUUUUUCUCCAUCUAAAUUUAAGACUAUAGCAGUAAUUCUCAUGCUAGCUCAUCAGGUCAAAAUGUUUAUUCAUAAGUUUACAUUGUAA